AUGAUUCAUCUCUUUGUACAAGACAAUGUUUGCAUGCUAACACAUUUCAAAGCAUUCUUCAUCUCAAAUCCCUCUCGCAACGGUGGAUCUCUCCGUCGUAUCUGGACUUUCUUUCCUCAAGGGAUGGAUUACACCUACCCUUUAACUGUCAGGAUUUCACCUCAACAUCAUUCAUCGAGUAUAAACUUUGAACUCUCUUACGUGGCGCAUUGCUCAUCCUAUCUCCAGGAGUUAUCGAGAAGCUUGCAAAUCAGCUUCUACGUAACAACAUUGCUUGCUGAAGGGCUCUAUGUCAUGCUUGAACUGGUGUCCGUACCAAUACCAUCAAGCGUACAUGAUAUGAAGGCAUUCAUUGCCAAUUUGGAAGACUUGAUGCCUUUACGUGCCAUUUACAAAAAAUGCAUCCAAAUUGAUAGUAAUGUCCAGCAAUUCCAAAAAGAAGGUGCAAGUCUCCAAACUCUCUCAAGCUUUCUCAAGUCAGGCAAAGACCGAAAACGACAUUGCUCUUUUGUUUUCAAUCACUGA